GGAGGGAGCCAGGCAGCAACGCCUCUUGGGUGAAGUCCGAGUCCCUGCAGGGCGGUGCCGCGUCGGCGUUCCCGUUGCUUCCGUGUCCGGGCAUUGCCGGGUGCUGAGCGUCUCCCGGGCCCCCCGGUACGGCUGCUGCCUGCACGGGCUACGUUUUCUGCUGCUCUUUCAGCUAGGUUGAUGGAUCUCACCGCCUCUCACUGGGCUGAGAAGCCCUUCCUCCCAGCCAGCUCUCCAGUUGCCUUCACCCUCCAAGGGCUAGAGGAAUCCCGAGCUCGUCUCCUGCAUCCCAUCACUCCUUCAGCUUCAUGGCAAGCCUUGCUGAAUCCUCCCAGCACCCAGAGCGAGCUUUGGCCUGGCCACUUGACGAAAACUUCUUCUCUGAGCAUCCUGGAUUGCAAACCCUCCAGCGGCGUCCCUGAGCAGGCCCAGGUGGCACCAGCAGCCAGAAGGGCAGCCCAGAGACCUCCGUUUAACUCUGACUUUUGUGAACCAAACUCAUUCUGGUUGGAGAAUCCCUUCCUGAAACAACCCACCCCUACUCCUCUCGCUCUCCAGGGCUUCGAGGAGGCCCGGGCUCGCCUGCUGCGCCCUUUGGAUACACAACAGCGUUUCCCAUCGGAUGCCAAGGAAAAGCUCUGUGUCUGGACAUCCAUGGGGCUGCCACCAGAUCACAGUGUCCAGGGUGAAGUUCCUGGAUCCUGUGGUGAAUUGGAGCCACCUUGGGAGGGAGAUGAGGACUCCUCUGGUGCAAUGCCAGAUUAUGUCCUGACAGUGCCUGAGGAUUUGAUGGGGGAGCAGCCAGAAGAGAGAGAACCCCUUGGGGAAGAAAUGCCAAUGGAGUGUGAAGAGCAGAAUGUGAGAGAGCUAAAGUUGAUGUUGGUGAGCCUGGCAUGUUGUUCGUUGGUGGAAGUGCCGAAGUUUGAGAGUCAGGCGGGCAACCUGCAACUGGCGCUGGAAGACGUGUGUGGAAAGCUAGCGGAGCGAGACCCCGAAUUCAUCCUCAAGGUUGCCCUGUACACACGCCAGGAACUGAAUAUACGCAGCACAGCUAAUUUUCUUCUGGCCCUGGCUUCCCGCCUCCUCCCCUGCCGCCCACAUCUGCGGCGCUAUUUCUGCCACACUGUGCAGCUUCCCUCAGAUUGGAUGGAAGUGGCCAGACUCUACCAGGUUCUAGGAAGGCAUGGAAAAGCUUUGGUCCCAAUGCCUUCCUGCCUCCGCACUGCAAUGGCUGACAAAUUCCGGCAGUUUGAUGCUUAUCAGUUGGCCAAAUACAACACUCGCAAGAGCCGUGGCAAAAAACGUCAUAGACCAAAGACUGAGAAGGCUCUGUUCUCCAAAGGAUCUCGUCAUGAACACUGGAAAAAGCAUGCGUUGGGUCGGAAUAGAUUGCUUGCACCAAAACUUGAGGCUCUCCAAAAAAAAUUUCAACAGGACACUCAGCUGAAACAGAGCCAAUCUCCUGCAUAUCUCUUCUCUUUGAAAACUUUGAUCCAGCGCCUUCAUAUCUGUGAGCCAGCCCAGCACGUGAUGAGUCUUCUGGGGCGCAGGUAUCCCUCGGACCUGAAUGCCUUCUCCCGAAGUCGCCUUCCAGGGCCCUGGGACUCGAGCCUCGCAGGCACCCGCAUGAAACUGCCAAAACCACACACCUGGGAUCGGGAGCUGAGCCAGCACGGGAACAACGCCACAGCGUGGGAAGGGCUGAUUGAUGCCGGGAAGCUGCCGUUCAUGGCCAUGCUGCGUAACCUGCGCAACAUCCUGCGGGCUGGGGUGAGCGAAAGAUACCACAAGUGCCUGCUGAAGCGUCUGGAGGACAAGGAAUCUGUGAUUCGCAGCAAGCAGCUCCCAUUUCGAUUUCUUUCGGCUUACAAAGUGAUCGAGCAGCUGGAGAAGAAUCUCAAAGAGAAAGCGGAGCCCCGCCCUAGCAACACAAAUAUCAUCCGACAGAUCCUGAAGCGAUUUAUAUCGUCCAGUCCGGAGACUGAUUGGACUCGUCGGGUGCUACGCAGCUGCAUGGAAGUCCCAGUUAUUUUCCAGUUGGUGAAAUGUGAGAAGAAAAAACUGUUGAAGCCCAGACCCGUGCUGUACAGUCACAACCUCCUGCAGCGUUACCGCCAAGCGCUGGAGACGGCGAUCCGCAUCGCCAUCCGGCACAAUGUGCCCCCCAUUCCUGGCCGCACCCUCAUCCUGAUCGCUUGCACACCAACCAUGAAUGAGCCUUAUCGGCAAGCCCAGGAUCUGUGCUGGCCUGAUCUUGGGCAGGAAGAUGGCAGCAAACGGAGCAACAGACCCCUCACGAAACUGGACAUGGCCAUGUUGCUGAGCUCCAUGGUGUACGCUGCCUCUGAGCAAGCGGAGGUCUUCCUCUCCAGUGAGACUUGUCCUACAGGACGACCUGUCCCCAUGACGGGCUCCGUGCUGGAAGAUGUGCGGAACCUGCAAGCUCAGGAGAUACCGUGCUGCAACAACAACAAAGAAGUCAGCGGUGUCAUCAUGGGCCUCCUUGCUCGCCGCCAGCAUGUGGACACAAUCCUCGUGCUGAGCAGUGAGCGCAAGAACACAUUUGAUGGCUCAUACCUGCCACUCUAUCGCCACCAUGUGGCCCCUGGCUGCCUGUUUGUUAAUGUCUGUGCCAAUGCAAGGGAGUGGCAUGAUUUUAGUUCCAGGAAUGAGGUGGUGUUGAGUGGAUUCAGUGAACAGGUGCUCAGGUUCAUGGCCAAAUGUGGUGAUUCCCGUUUCCUGGAGCAUAUUGGGAAGAUUGACGAACUCCAUGGCCUGCCCAAAAAGCAGAGGGUGGCAACAGCUGAAGAGGAAUCGGGGGCUGUACCCUUGAUGGCUGUCCCCAAGAGCAGGUGGCGCUCCGUGAGGGUGUUUGUCUCCUCUACCUUCCGGGACAUGCAUGGUGAACGUGACCUCCUUAUCCGCUCUGUCUUCCCCGAGUUACGCUCACGGGCUGCCGCUUUCUGCCUGGCAAUAGAGGAAAUUGACCUGCGCUGGGGGAUCACUGAACACGAGGCCCAGCGGAACAAGCAGCUAGAGCUCUGCUUGUCUGAAGUCUCACGGAGCCAUCUCUUCAUUGGGAUUCUAGGAGAGCGCUAUGGCCAUGUCCCCCAGGAGUAUUCCUUACCAGACGAACCCCAGUAUGAAUGGGUGAAGUCCUACCCGGCGGGCCGUUCCAUCACAGAGCUGGAGGCCGUUCAGUUUUUGAACAGUUGCAAUGAUCCCGCAGCAGGAUCCAGGGCCUUCUUCUAUCUCCGAGAACCAGACUUCCUUGACUCUGUUCCGGAAACAUGGAAGGCUGAUUUUGCAGCUGAAUCGGAGGAGGCUGAGCACCACAUGGCUGCCCUGAAGGAGCGUUUAGGGAAACAUGAGGGUCUGGCUUCACUUGACAGAUAUACGUGCCAAUGGGGUGGAGUAGUCCAAGGCCGACCGUACGUCAAGGGCCUUCAGGAUUUUGGUGCCAAAGUUCUGCAGGAUGUGUGGGAGAGCCUCCGUCACCAGUUCAUAGAGGCUGACGGCACCAUACUCAGCAGCAACUCAGAGGAGCAGGAGGGAAUGGCCUUGCAAGAAUCUUUCCAGGAGCUGCAGCAGAGGAGAUGCUGUGCCCGGGGAAAGCUGCUGAGUGCCACGGCUGCCCAGCUGUGUGGGGGAAGGCUCUACCUUGUGAGCGGCCCGCCUGGGCAAGGCAAGACGGUCUUCUUGGCUGCCCUAGCCCAGGAGCUCAGGACAAAGGGACGGCCUCCCAGUGACUCCGCUCGCAGUUACCACGUCGUGGCCCACUUCACCAGGGCCCGGCCCGAUCAGGCCCAAGCCCAGGUCAUGUUGGCUCAUCUCUGUGCCCUCCUGAGGAAACAGCUGAAAGAGCCUCCAGCCCCACCCAGAAGCUACAGGGGACUCGUCAGCCAGUUUGAAUCCCUUCUUAUUUCUGUGGCCCAAUCACUGAAGCGACACCAGUCUCUGGUGGUUUUGAUAGAUGGUGCUGAUCUCAUCCAUGCAGCCAGUGGACAUCUGAUCUCCGAUUGGCUACCUGAACAACUCCCCCAGCGUGUCAGUCUUGUCUUGAGUGUUUCGGAGGACUCAGCCCUCCUUGGGUCCCUCAAGCGACGGAAGGAUGUCAUUGCCAUUCCCCUCGGUCCCCUGGCACCCCCUGACCGGGUUGCUGUGGUCCGUAAGGACCUGGCUCUGUAUGGUAAAAAGUUGGAGGAAUCAGCCUUCAAUAACCAGAUGCGACUCGUGCUGCUGAAACGCGGCUCCUGGCAACCUUUGUAUCUGACUCUGCUGACCCAGGACUUGCGACUUUUUGCCCUGUAUGAGAAGCUUUCCGAAAGGAUCCAGAAAUUGCCCGUGUCGCUUCCGUCAUUGCUGCAGCACUUGUUGGGCUGCCUGGAGCAAGAUCAUGGGUUGGAGCUGGUGGCUGUAGCUCUGGUGUCUCUCUGGGCCAGCAGAGACGGGUUAACGGAGCAAGAUCUCUAUGCCAUCCUUGCUAUGUGGAGAGAACUGAACGGGGGUGAUAUAAACGUGGAACAAGCCAUUAUUUCCAGGAGGCCUGCUGGCUGCUAUCCCAUGGCCUCCUUCUUUGACUUCCUGCGGAGCCUGAGGGGCCUGCUUGGGGCUUGCGGCUCCCCGCUGGAGCACCUGGGCUCCCGGCUCCAUCUCUCUGGCGCCCCCUUGAGGAUGGCAGUGGAACGACGCUACCUGAAAAAGCCGGGCCUGGACCACACAGCUCACACACUCCUGGCAGCUCACUGGUGGAAACUGGCAGACCCAGAUGGUUCCAGAAGUUUCCGGAACUGUGAGGCAGAGGCCUUGACAGCACUUCCCUAUCACCUGGUGCAGAGUGGCCACUUCAGCAUCCUGGCUUCUUUCCUGACGGACCUGAGGGUCGUGAGCGCUCACGUCCAUCAGCGUCUCCUCCACUGUCUCUCCGAAGCCUAUGCACUCUAUGACAUCUCCUCUGGCUCAGAGCAUGACGACACUGUAGACUCCUUCCGUGACUUCCUGCAGAAGAACAUGGAGCUGCUUUCCCUGAAUCCUGGGCUGCUGCUGCAGCAGGCCGUGAAUGAGCCAGACUCCUCAGCCCUCUGUGUACAAGCGGAGGCUGUGCUGAGUGGAAAUGGAAGAUCUUUUCUGAAAUGGGUUAACAAACCACAGAAAGCCCAGGAGACCAAGAGCCGCGUUCUGACCUUGCCAGCCAAACCUUCCUGUGCCUCAGUUGCCCCUUCCGGAAGCCUGGCAGUCGUGGGCACCGCCGAAGGCACCCUGCACCUCAUGGAUAUGGAGACUGGACAGGAGCUGAAGUCUCUGCUGAGUGCCUGUGACGGGGUCUCGGCCUGCGAGUUCUUGUCCGAGACGACAGUCUGCCUUGGAGCCUUCAAUGGGCGCUUGGAGCUUUGGAGCCUGAGGGAGGGAUGCAGACUCAUGGGCACCGAUGCUCAUAAGGCCCAAAUCACAGAUUGCUGCACCAACUCGGAUCGCAAAUUGCUAGCAACUGUCUCAUUGGAUAGCUACCUCAAGCUCUGGGAGUCCACUCAUGGUCAUUUGACACACGAACGGGACUGUUCCUGCCCUUUGAACUGUGUGACGUUUCACCCGAAGGGCCAUUUGGUGGCUACAGGAGGGUGGGACAGGACUGUCACCAUCUUGGAUGUGAAUGACAUGAGCGUGACCUCGGUGCUGAAGGACCAUGAUGCCUCCAUCCACUCCAUUUCCUUCUCCUCUGCUGGGAACAUUUUGGCAGCUGGGUCCUUGGCAGGAUCAGUUCAUCUCUGGUCGUGGUGCGAGGCUGUGAACUUGGGCACGUUCUCAGCUCACUCGGGCUGCAUCUCUGCCACUCUGUUCCUUCCAGGGGGGAAACUCCUCACAGCAGGAGAAGACUGCAAGGUCCAGCUCUGGUCAGGCCACCUGGGACAGCUCUGGAGCACCUUGCGGUCAGAGGCUCUUUCCCCAGCUCUGUGUCUUGCCCCCAGUCCUGAUGGCAGUCGGCUUGCUGUGGGGCACCAUUCGGAUGAUGUCUGGGUCUACAGUCACCCUUGGCGCUUGAAUGCUGACCCCACCCACUGCACAGCUAGCGGGGUGGCUAUCUGCAGCCUUGCCUGGCUGGACCACCUCUUCUUAGUUGGGGGCAGCAACGACGGCUCCCUGUGCAUCUGGAACACCCUGGAUCCACAUCCCUCUUGCCUUCACAAACUACAGGGCCAUGAUGGAGCUGUGAUGGGCCUUGCUGCUUCCAAGCAUCUGUUGGCGUCAACAUCAGAGGAUUUUACUGUCUGCCUGUGGCUCACGGACACACUGAGACCGGGCCCCGCUAUGGACUCCAAGGCCUCCCCACUUGCUAUCCUCCGGGGUCACACUGCUGGGGUGACCUGCUGUGCCUUCAGCCUUGACGGCUCCUACCUUGCCACAGGGGGCAAAGAUCGGGCCUUGUUCCUCUGGGAUGUCAGGGACCCAUCCAAGAAGACCCCCUCACUCUGGCGCUCCCUGCCUUUCUGCCACCAGGACUGGAUCUCAAGCUGUGCCUGGGCUGGUCCCCUGCUGCUCUCUGGCUCCAACGACUGCACUGUUUGUCUCUGGGAUCCCAAAACUGGACAACGCCUCCAGGAAUUCCUGGGUCACCAGAGUCCCAUCUGUGGUGUUGCAAGUGAGAAAGAUCUUGUGAUCUCUGUUGGCCGAGAUGGGACUCUGGUGGCAUGGGACAUGCAAGGAGUGGAGAGAACCCAGUUUCUGGCUCAUCCUGGUCAGGCUAACCACUGUGCAGGCUUCAGAGACCCACUUUCAGGAGGAAAAGCAUUUAUAUUGGCUGCAGCUGGCUCUGAUGGGACAGUGAACCUCUGGAAACCCCUGAUGGUGGAGGAACCCCAGAGCCUUUCUGGACACUGCGCUGCCAUCUGUGGGGCUGCUGCUUCUCCAGCAUCCUCCUCUUUCCUGACAAUUUCUGAAGACAAGACGGCCCGGAUGUGGACUGUUCCCAUGGAGAAGGCAGGCAGUACCCAAGACCACCCACCGCAUCAUGGUGCCGUCACCGCUUUGGCCUGGUCCCCAGAUGGAGAGUUUGCUGCGUCGGGUGGGGAAAGUGGCGAUCUGGUGAUCUGGCGUGGAGCCAGGGCCGUGGGGGCAGCAACGGUUGGCCCCCACUGCAUCCGUGCCUUGGCUUUCACCUCCCCACUCACAGUCCUUGUGGCAUCUGAUGGCAUCAGCCUCUGGGACAUAAAUGUCAGCAGAGAGAAUGACCGAAUGGUCAGCUUGACACACAGGAAGCUUCUGCGUCGAGCUGGGGAGACGGCGUUGGUGCUCUGCACAGGGGUGUCCAAGCCUUGCGGGUCUGUUGUCAUGGGUCUAAGUGACGGAAGUUUGCUGGUGCUUCAGGCAGGCACUGAGAGUUUCCACACCAAAAAUGAAUCCAGAAAAGAGGAUUACGUGAUAUCCGUGAGCUUUGACAUCGCUGUCUCUGAGGAGGGCAUCCUGCACAUCUGGGACAAUGUAGACCGCCCUACCUUGUCCAGGAUGAAGGUGACCAAGUCUGGGGAGCUGGAGAAGACACAGGAUGUUAGUUACAUAGCCUGGACACCAAAAAGGCCCUCUGACUGGGUCACUGUUGCUCGAAUGAUCAAAGAGAAGUCUCUGCUGUGUGGAGACUCUGAAGGAGCCCUCUGGACUCGGAAGCUGUGGGAGACUGAUGCGUGGCAGAGGAGGAAGAUUCACAGUGACAAAAUCACAGCGCUGCAUGUCCUUGGAGACAGGUUUGUAACGGCAUCUCAUGACCAGGAUGUGAAGAUCUGGGAUCACAACACAAUGAAGCUGCUGGGCCAGUUCCGCUGCCGUGCCCCCAUUUCCCAGCUCCAGCCUUGCCCCACGUCUAAUUCGUUGCCCCUCUUCAUUGUGGGUGACACGCUGGGCAACAUCUACUUCCUGGAAUGGGGCUCCAUCAGCGUUUGAGCCAUUUCCCUAAGUGAGCACCAGCCUCUCUCCUCGGGUGUAUCUGGUGCCUCUCCUUGCCAGUCAUGGAAACACAAAUGCAGCUGUUUCGUUAACAACAGUUUGGGCCUGUCCGCUUGGCAGAUUACAGCUGGGGAGAAGGAGAACAACUCUUGGAUGACUGCUUGGUGGACUUGUUGUGGGCCUACAGUUGCUUAGUAACAGUAACGUUCUCAAGCCCUGCUACUCAAAUGUGGAUGAGAUAAAAAUGAUAUUGAUCGUAUUCCGAGCCCGGUUGGAGAUCAGACCUUAUCAAAUCAAUUUUUGUAAUUCGAGAGAGAGAGAGGAAGGCUUUAGUCACAACUUAAUCUUCUGUUUUCCUCUGAAGAAAAAUACUUCUGUUUUGAUUCUGUGUACGUGGUCCCCACCCCACCCUGACUGACUUCCAGUCAGUUAUAUCCCUUCCUUUGCUUAUCCUCACAACCCAUCAAUGAGGAAGGCUGAGCUGUUUAAGUCUUUCAGGACUCUGGAGGAAUAAUUAGAUUAAAAAAACACACCUGA